UUUAGGAAAAAGUUAUCUCACCAGGAUUACGCAGAUUUAAGUUACAUAAACACAAAAAAAUAUGUUACGCGGAUUAGUUAGAUAGAUAGUAGUAAGUGGCUUAUUUGCUAGAACAAUUGUAAGUAUUACCAAAGAUUAAUUUCUGAAAUAAAAUAUCAAAGUUUGAAAGUUUCUAGUUUUAAGAAGGAGAAAAACAGAAACAGUUUUAUCCACAAUUCUUAGAUCCACACCCUAGUAGCAGCGUAAUCUCCCCGACACUGUUUUAUUCAUUUUUGAGGUCAACAUAGGACAAUCUAGCUCGUGAUCGCAAUGCGAAGCAAAUAUAAAAAUAAGUCGAGUCAACAGACGUAGUCACACAGGCAACUAGUUUGACUAUGGCAUGUAGGGAUAAUCUGUAAAUGAACCAUAUUAAAGUUAGAAUUUUCCUGGUUCCUUCAUACGAUGUCAUUUGCCUAUAUAAACCUUAUCCCAUCGUUUCAAUCACAACCCAUUUCCCAUUACAUUCAUUUCAUUUCUUUGUUACUUUUCAGAAAGAAUAAAAGAUAUAUAGCUCGGCUUCAUUCUUGCAAGAUCUUCAUUAAGUUGCAAAACCAAAAUGAUUCAAGGAAAGAAGAUUUACGCGGAUAAAAGUUCGUUUGGCCGAUCCGAUUUCCCUGAAGGCUUCUUGUUUGGGACAGCCUCAUCGGCUUACCAAUACGAAGGGGCUGUUAACGAUGCCUCUCGAGGGCUAAGUGUUUGGGAUACUUUUGUCCGCAAGCAUCCAGAAAGGAAUUGUUACUCUGAUGCGGACCAAGCUGUGGAGUUUUAUCACCAUUACAAGGAAGAUAUUCAAAGAAUGAAAGAUAUCAAUAUGGAUUCAUUCAGAUUCUCAAUCUCAUGGCCUCGGAUUCUUCCUCAUGGAAAGAAAAGUAGAGGAGUGAACAAGGAGGGAAUCAAAUUUUAUAACGACCUCAUCGAUGAACUCCUAGCUAAUAGAAUCACUCCUCUCGCGACUUUGUUCCAUUGGGACACUCCACAAGCCUUAGAAGAUGAAUACAAUGGUUUUCUAAGCGAAAAAGUUGUUGAUGAUUUCCGCGACUUCGCCACUAUAUGUUUUGAGGAAUUUGGCGACCGUGUAAAGUAUUGGGUGACACUAAAUGAGCCGUGGGUUUAUAGUAUUGGCGGGUAUGAUACCGGGAGAAAAGCUCCUGGCCGUGCCUCCAAAUACAUGAACGAAGCAGCUUUGGCUGGUGAAUCGGGUCGUGAGGUUUAUAAUGUUAGUCACAAUCUACUCUUGGCUCAUGCCGAGGCUGUUGAAGUCUUCAGGGAUAACCCAAAGUGUAAAGAUGGGAAAAUUGGUAUUGCACAUUGUCCGGUCUGGUUCGAACCUUAUGACUCGAACUGUCCUAAAGAUCAAGAAGCGGUCGAGCGUGCCAUGGAAUUUAUGUUUGGCUGGCACAUGGAUCCAACGGUCUAUGGAGAUUAUCCGGAAGUCAUGAAAAAGUUGAUUGGAAAAAGAUUACCGUCGUUUACUGCAGCGCAAUCUAAGAAGUUAAAAGGAUCUUUUGACUUCGUUGGAGCAAAUUAUUACAGUGCCUUUUACGUUAAAAAUGUUGUUGACGUGGAUCCUAAUAUUCCCGAUUGGAGAUCUGACGCACACAUCGAAUGGAAAAAACAAAACAAAGCAGGACAAACUUUGGGUCCUAGAGGUGGUUCAGAAUGGGACUUUUUAUACCCACAAGGGUUAAGAAAGUUUUUGGUUUAUGCCAAAAACAGAUACGGAAGCCCUAACUUUAUGAUAACUGAAAAUGGACAUUGCGAUUUAGACUAUGAGAAGAAAGCAAAACUUUCAAACUUGAUGGAUCUCCAGAGGACAGAGUACCACAAAAUACAUCUCCAAAGCAUCCACCAAGCCAUCAAGGAAGAUGGUGUUCAAGUAGAAGGAUACUAUGCAUGGUCAUUGCUCGAUAAUUGCGAAUGGAACGCUGGUUAUGGAGUUCGAUACGGAUUGUUCUACGUAGACUACAACAACGGUCUAAAACGUUAUCCCAAAAUGUCUGCAAUGUGGUUCAAAGAGUUUUUGAAGAAAGAAGAUAUCGAGGAUUCGGAGAAGGAAGGCUCGUUGAAUUUUGUUGUUAACAAGAAGAGGAAGAGAUUCUUAACAUCUUCUGGUUCAUUUUCCUGCUUUAUACCUAAGAUGUCUGAAUCCUCGAAAGCAUUAGAACUCCUUUUCUAAGAUCAUUUGUUUAUUUGAUUAUUUUUUGUUUGCAUGUGAAUGUAAAACUUCGAAAAAAUGAACUUAAAAUAAAGUUAUAGACUAA